AUGCCCGAAUUACCCGAAGUAGAAAAUGUUCGCCGCACUUUAAUCAAGGCUAAAACAAUCAAGCAAACUAUCCAAAAAGUCGAAAUUUAUAACAACAAGCUAAUUAAAGGAAUUGAAGAAAAAGAGUUUGUUGAUUUAUUACUAGGGCAAACUAUUCACAAUAUUGAAAGAAAAGGCAAAUAUUUAUUCUUUAUUCUCGAUACUCAUGUUUUAGUUAAUCAUUUAAGAAUGACUGGAAAAUAUUUUUUGGAAGAAAAAUUGCUUAGUCCGCACCACAAGCGAGCUGUUUAUUUAACUUUUCAUUUAAGCAAUCAGCAAAAAUUAAUUUAUUCGGACUUGCGCGGGUUUGGGAUUUUUCACUUACAACCAUUGACCGCUUACCAAAAACUAGAACCUUAUAAAAAAAUCGGAAAAGAUUUAUUGAAUGAAGAAAUUGACCCUGCUUAUCUCUUCGAAUAUUACCAAAAGGACAAAAGUCCUAUUAAAAUCACUCUUUUGGAACAGGAUAUUAUUAGCGGAAUUGGAAAUAUCUAUGCUUCGGAAAUACUUUUUGCGGCCAAAAUUCAUCCGCUGAAAAUCACGCAAACACUUACUUUUCAAGAAGUAGAAAGAAUACUAAAUUUUACUAAGGCUAUCUUGCAAAAAGCCACCGAAUUAGGAGGAACUUCCGUUGUUGAUUUUGUUAAUCCUUUUUUCUCAUUUUUCUUGCGUCAAACUAAAAAUACCACUAAACCAAUUAAUCCGGCUGCUCCUAUUCCUGCGGGAAUAAUUAUCUGUCAAGGUGUUCCAUCCUUCUUGCCUUUGCCUGAAUUAGGAGAGGAAAUUUCAGCGGACUUAGUAGUUGGAGAGGAAGAUUGA